AUGGAGGUCCUGAAGGAGAAAGUAGAGGAGGAGGAGGCGGCCGAGCGGGAGGAGGCGGCUGAGCGGGCUGAGCGAGGGGACAGAACUGAGAAAGUUAUGAGGCCACCCGAGGUGCGGAGGGAGGAAACCAUCCUGACGCAGGAGAUGCUCCGAGACCUGGAGAAGAAGCUGUCAGAGAUUGAGAUCCCCAUCUCAGAAGAGCUCCCGAUCUUUACCAACGACACCAUUGACAUCUCCAAGCUGCCCCUUUCCUACAAAACCAACACACUCAAGGAGGAACACCUGCUGCAGGUGGCAGACAACUUCUCCCGCCACUACAGCCACCUGUGCCCGGACCGUGUGCCCCUCUUCUUGCACCCCCUGAAUGAGUGUGAAGUGCCCAAGUUUGUGAGCACAACCAUCCGACCCACACUGAUGCCCUACCCUGACCUUUAUAACUGGGACAGCUGUGCCCAGUUUGUCUCUGACUUCCUCACCAUGGUGCCCCUGCCUGAUCCCCUCAAGCCGCCCCGGUACCUGUACUCCUCGACCACGGUGCUCAAGUACCAGAAGGGGAACUGCUUCGACUACAGCACACUGCUCUGCUCCAUGCUCAUUGGCUCUGGCUACGAUGCCUACUGCGUCAUCGGCUAUGGCUCGCAGGACCUGUGCCACAUGGACCUGACGCGGGAGGUGUGCCCACUCACCUUGAAGCCCAAGGAGAGUGUCAAGAAGGAGGAGAAGGCGCCACCUAAGAAGUACGCCAUCAAACCCCCCAGGGACCUGACCAGCAGGUUUGAGCAGGAGCAGGAGAUCAAGAGGCAGGAGAAGAUCAAAGCCGAGGAGGAGAAGCGGCUGCGGGAGGAGGAGGAGCGUCUCCUGGAGGCGGAGAAGGCAAAGCCCGAUGCCCUGCUCGGCCUGCGAGUGCACUCCUGGGUCCUGGUGCUGUCGGGGAAGCGUGAGGUGCCUGAGAGCUUCUUCAUUGACCCACUCACCGCACGCAGCUACAGCACUCAGGACGACCACUUCCUGGGCAUUGAGAGCCUCUGGAACCACAAGAACUACUGGGUCAACAUGCAGGACUGCUGGAACUGCUGCAAGGACUUGAUCUUUGACCUGGGAGACCCUGUGAGGUGGGAGUACAUGCUCUUGGGGACUGAUAAGCCUCACCUCUCCUUGACUGAGGAAGAUGACACUGGGAUGAACAAUGAUGACGAUGUAGAAAACCUGGACAAAGAGGAUGAGGAUAAGAGCUUUGACAUGCCGCCCUCAUGGGUGGAGCAGAUCGAGAUCUCCCCAGAAGCAUUCGAGACCCGCUGCCCAAAUGGGAAGAAGGUGAUCCAGUACAAGAAGGCAAAGCUGGAAAAGUGGGCCCCGUACCUCAACAGCAAUGGCCUCGUGAGCUGCCUCACCACCUAUGAGGACUUUGAGUGCACCAAGAUUUCGGAGAUAAAAGAGUGGUACCAGAACCGGGAGGACAUGCUGGAGCUGAGGCACAUAAACAAGAGCACAGGCCUAAAUAUCGACUACUUCAAGCCAGGCCACCCUCAAGCUCUGCGUGUGCACUCAUACAAGUCCAUGCAACCUGAGAUGGACCGCGUCAUGGAGUUUUACGAAACGGCCCGUGUGGAUGGCCUGCUAAAGCGGGAGGAGACGCCAAAGACAAUGACGGAGUACUAUCAAGGACGUUCAGACUUCCUCUCCUACCGCCAUGUCACCUUUGGGCCCAGGGUCAAGAACCUGCCUCUGAACAGUGCAGAGUCAAACCCACGGCCCAUGGAGAAAAUCACAGAGCGAUUCUCCCGCAACCUCACCAAGCCGGCGGAUGAGGACGUGGCAGAGCGUGUGUUUCUGAUCGCCGAGGAGCGCAUCCAGCUGCGCUACCACUGCCGCGACGACCACAUCACAGCCAACAAGCGCGAGUUCCUGCGGCGCACCGAGGUGGACAGCAAGGGCAACAAGAUCAUCAUGACACCCGACAUGUGUAUCAGCUUCGAGGUGGAGCCCAUGGAGCACACCAAGAAGCUUCUCUACCAGUAUGAAGCCAUGAUGCACCUGAAGAGGGAAGAGAAGCUGUCCAGACAUCAGGCCUGGGAGUCGGAGCUGGAGGUGCUGGAGAUCCUGAAGCUCCGAGAGGAGGAGGAGGAGGCGCACACGCUGACCAUCUCCAUCUAUGACACCAAGCGCAACAAGAAGAGCAAGGAGUACCGGGAGGCCAUGGAGCGCGUGAUGCACGAGGAGCACCUGCGGCAGGUGGAGACCCAGCUGGACUACCUGGCCCCCUUCCUGGCGCAGCUCCCACCAGGAGAGAAGCUGACGCGCUGGCAGGCUGCGCGCAUCAAAGACGAGUGCCUCAGCGACUUCAAGCAGCGGCUCAUUGACAAGGCCAACCUCAUCCAGGCCCGCUUCGAGAAGGAGACCCAGGAGCUGCAGAAGAAGCAGCAGUGGUACCAGGAGAACCAGGUGACCUUGACACCUGAGGAUGAAGACUUAUACCUGAGUUACUGCUCUCAGGCCAUGUUCCGCAUCCGCAUCCUGGAGCAGCGGCUCAGUCGACACAAGGAGCUGGCCCCACUGAAGUACUUGGCUUUGGAGGAAAAGCUCAACAAGGACCCACGCCUGGUGGAGUUCCUGAAAGUUUUUGUUUGA